AAAAGAAUUAAGAAACCUAAUCUGUUUUGUACGUCUUGGCUUGGUAGGUAAAUUAAAUACAAAGAACAGCUGUAGUUAUGAAUAAAAAUAUAUUAAUCAAUAGGUUUGUUUCGUUUACUAUAAACAAAAGAAGAGGAUAUUUUAAAUAUCCAAAUCCAUUUAAAAGAACACUAGAUGCGCUUUCGAUUAAUAUUAAAAAUGAAUUUAUUAAAAAUAAAAGCCCACAUUUUAUAUACCCCGAGCACACAGAUGUUGUAAUUAUUGGCGGAGGUUUUAUAGGAUCUUCUGCAGCAUUCUGGAUCAAACAAAGAACUGCCGAAGGUAUGGCUGUCGUCGUUAUCGACAAAGAUUUAACGUUUAAGGGUACUCCACGUAAUUUAUCUCAAGGAGUAUUAAGUCAACACUUCUCGCAGUUGGAAAAUAUACAACUCUCACAAUUCAGUGCACAAUUUUUAAGAAAAGCUAAACAGAAUUUAAAUAAAAACAUUGAUAUUCAAUUCUAUCCACAUGGUUACUUAGUUCUAGCAAGUGAUAAAUAUGCUGAUAACCUAGAAAAAAAUUCAAGAUUGCUAACCGAAUUUGGUGUAAAAAAUGAACUACUUUCAUCAGAACAAAUAAAGAAAAAGUAUCCAUAUCUUAAUACAAAUGAUGUUAAACUAGGCUGUUUGAGCUCUGAAAGUGAGGGAGUAUUCAAUGCUAAUAGUUUACUAAAUGGUUAUAUUGAAAAGUCAUUGGAAACAGGUGCAAAAUAUAUUGAUGGUGAAGUUAUUGGAUUUGAAACUGAAGAUCAACAACAUGUUUUAAUGCAAGGAGUCAAGCCCAUGACAUUUAAAAGACUUACUAGAGUUGCUUAUAAAACUAAAGAUGGUGAAGAGCGCUUUAUUAAAUUUGCCCUUUGUAUAGUAGCCGCAGGAGCUGAAUCAUCAAAUAUUGCAAAGUUAGCUAAAAUUGGUGUUGGGGAUGAUCUCCUAUCUGUGCCUCUUCCCAUACAGAAAAGAGAAUUUAAUGUUUACUCGCUUGAGGGCUGUACCGGAAAAGAUAAGCCAGGAUUAAAUACCCCUAUAAUAAUGGAUACAAGUGGUUUGUGGCUAAAGAGAAAUGGUUUGGAAAACAAUUUAAUAUGUGGGCAGAUACCAUUAAUAGACCCUGGAAAUAGUUUACAAAACAAUGACUAUUAUGAACAGAUAUUUAAACCGUCAUUACAAAAUCGGUUUCCAACUCUAUCUAAUGGAAAGAUUGAGAAAAUCCAGAAGGAGGAAUACGACUGCAAUACAUUUGAUGAUUCUGGAAUAUUAGGACCACAUCCAUACCAUAAUAACUUAAUCUUAGCCACUGGUUUUGGGCGACUAGGUGUACCACACUCGCCUGGUAUAGGAAGAGCUAUAUCAGAUUUAAUAAUAGACAGCCGCUUCUCACAUACAGACUUGACACCAUUCAGCUUUGAUCGUUUAUUACUGAAAGAGCCAUUUGUUGAGUUUAGCAUAUACUAGAUUUUAUGAUUAUUGUUAUUAGGAAAACUAUAUAGAAAUUUGUUAAUAAAUAAAAACAAUAUACUUUA